AUAUAUAUAUAUAUAUAUCCCCUUCCUUGUCUUCUCUUGCUUUCUCUCCGAGAUUGAUCUCUUUUUCACUCACACACAAACAGAGGCUUCCUCCUCUUCUAGCUCAGCCGAUUUUUUACUUUUUUCGAGGAGAAGAACAGCCACAAAAUAAUAACAACAAUCAAGCAGAAUCAGAGAGGUAAGAAACCAAAGGAAGGAAGGAAGGAUCUCCUCCCACUUUGAACCUUUCCUCCAAGACAGAAGCUCUCACCUUCUUCUCCCCAUCCCACUCCCAGUCAAGUUACUUCUACUUGCCACCUUCAAAGUCGCUCCUGGUCAGAAGAAACCUCCUGAACCCUUGGCUUGGUUUCUUUGUUCUCUUCCUCCUCCUCCUCCUUGUUGUGAGUUUUGUGUUUGUGUUUUUCAAAGCAGAGCGAGAGCUGAGGCUUCCACUGGGGAGAAGCCAACCCAGGAGCCCCAAAGCUCCUGAGCUCUCUUCUCCUCCUUUCCAGGAGGUCAACACCACCACCAGCAUGGCUCCUAGCUUGGGCUGUUGGUGAUGGGGUUUGCUUAGGUCAAGCUUUGGCGCUGGUUGCACGCCUCCUUCCCUGAAGGCUCCCUCUCUCCUCCUCUUCUGCCCUUCUCUUUCCUCUUCCUUCUCCUCCUCCUCUUUCUCCUCCUCUCCUGGGACUUGAGGAACCUCAAGAUGAACUCCUAAAGGCCGCUCCAGGAUUCCAGGACUUUGGGUGGCAAGGAAGCCUCUUGAGGAGGCACAUCUCCAUGAGAGAACCUCUGCUGCCUGGGUCCAGCAUGGCUUAUCACCCUUUCCUACCUCACCGGGCCCCGGACUUUGCCAUGAGCGCCGUCUUGGGGCACCAGCCCCCUUUCUUCCCAGCUUUGGCCUUGCCCCCCAACGGGGCAGCAGCCCUUUCCUUGCCCGGAGCGUUGGCCAAACCCAUUAUGGACCAAUUAGUUGGGGCCGCCGAUGGAGGCCUCCCUUUCUCCUCCUUGGGACACCAAGCCACCGCUCACCUGCGGCCUCUGAAGACCCUGGAGCCCGAGGAAGAAGUGGACGAUGACCCCAAAGUCCACCUGGAAGCCAAGGACCUCUGGGAGCAGUUCCACAAGCGGGGCACCGAGAUGGUCAUCACCAAGUCUGGAAGGAGAAUGUUCCCCCCUUUUAAAGUCAGGUGCACAGGGCUGGACAAAAAGGCCAAGUACAUCUUACUGAUGGACAUCGUGGCGGCCGACGAUUGUCGCUACAAGUUCCACAAUUCCCGGUGGAUGGUGGCCGGGAAAGCCGACCCGGAGAUGCCCAAGAGGAUGUACAUCCAUCCCGACAGUCCGGCCACCGGCGAGCAAUGGAUGUCCAAAGUGGUGACUUUCCACAAACUCAAGCUGACCAACAACAUUUCGGACAAACACGGAUUCGUAAGUGCUUGCUUCCCGCGGAAAGAUUCCGGCAUGGCUGGCAUGGGACCUCUCUUGGCCACCGUCUCCGGGGCCUCGGCCGGAGUCACCGGCCUCGACGGCAGCGUCAUGGCCACCGCCGCCGCCGCUGCAGCCGCCGCCCAGGGCUUGAGCGGAGCCUCCGCCGCCGCCGCUGCAGCCGCUGCCCUGCCCUUCCACCUCCAGCAGCACGUCCUCGCCUCCCAGGGCUUGGCCAUGUCUCCCUUCGGAAGCCUUUUCCCGUAUCCUUACACUUACAUGGCCGCGGCGGCCGCCGCUUCCUCGGCCGCGGCCAGUAGCAGCCCGGUCCACCGGCACCCCUUCCUCAGCGCCGUCCGCCCGCGCCUCCGUUACAGCCCCUACUCGCUCCCGGUGCCUUUGCCAGACAGCAGCAGCAGCAGCCUCUUGACCACCGCUUUGCCUUCGAUGGUGGCCAUGGGAGAAGGAGGCAAAGCCGGAGCCGCCUUGACCUCCAGCUCGGUGGCUGCAGCGGCCGCGGCGGCUUUGGACUCCGGUUCCGAGCUGAACAGCCGCUCCUCGACCCUUUCCACCGGUUCCACCUUGUCCCCCAAGGUCCCCUCCGGCGACAAGGAAGCCACCAGCGAACUCCAGAACAUCCAGCGCCUCGUGAGUGGCUUGGAAGCCAAGCAGGACAGAGACCGGAGUGGGUCGCCUUAAGGAAGAAAGAAAGAAAGAAAGAAAGAGAAAAAGAAAGAAAGAAAGAAAUCCCAACCAUGAUGGGAUGAAAAGGGGACCCCCUUCCUGACCUUCUCCCUCCUUUAAGGACAGGGGUCUCCUCCCUUCACCACCUUUUGUGACCCCCAACUCUCUUUCUCCUUCAAGUGGAAGAAAAGGAGAAGAGGGGGGAAAAGAAGUGGGGUCCUCUUGGAAGCCGCUAUUGGCUAGACUUUGGGGGGUGAACAGGAACGUGGGGAUCCCCCCCCCCAGUCCUGGAAAAGCCAGGCCUCCUCUCCUUGCCCUGCUUUCCAACCCAAGAAGAGGCUGGUUUUCUUAGGAGGAAGCUCUUGGCUUGAAUUUGGCUUUUCCUCCCAAAAACGAAGCAGAGGCGAAAGAAAACUCUUGGGUUUUUUUGGAGGGGAA